AUGACACCUACAAAUGCUGAAAUCGAUGCCUAUCUCAACCUCCUUAUACCAACUGCAGGAACGGAAACUGAUUGCCCAAUCUGCCACAAGCCCUACCCUGAUUACGACUUCAACCGUGCCAGUGACUAUCCAGCAUGCCCAUACGAACGACCAGAAGGAACGCAAUGCCGCCACAUCUUUGGUCGCCUAUGUAUAGAAGAGCAUGUGCGAGGAGGAGAAGAAUACAGCACGCGAUGCCCAAGUUGUCGCGAAGAAUGGAUCAGGUUUUCACAAGAUGAACGCGCCAUAUCAUCAUUAGGAGAUUUCGAGUUCGACGCAUCGAGCGAGUUUGAGGCUCCAGGGUCGGAUGGCAGCGAUGGUUCAUUCCACGGUACUGGGACCAGAAACUUCCCCAGAACUCGACGAAUUAGGUCUUACAGUAGCGAAGACUUCGAGCUCGACGACGAUCUUCUUCAUCCAACAUUGAAUCGGAGAGUACAGGCUAUGCGGGCGCGAAGAAAUGCUGUUAUUGGCGUACGUCUACGAAGGCGAUCUUCGAUAUCGACAACCAGCGAUGACGGAGAGCGGGGCCUACUUUCCGUCCGUCCAGGCGCCAUGGCUCAAGUGGCUCCCGAGGAUCAAUAUUCAACGCCAGCCAGGCGCCUAGAGCGUAUCGUUUCACGCUUGGAGCGCAUGCGGGAAAUAUACGAGUAUGGAAAUGCAACAGCAGGUGUACUAAUGUUUUUGGGUAAUGUAGAGGAUGCUGUGGAAAGCUUGUCGCUGUUGGUAGAGGAACGAGAUGUGACAAAUUAA